UUCCGGCCAUUCUGUUUCAGUUCUGAUGACGUGCGGAGGUCGCUGGAUUUCCUCGACCAGGUCUUGCACGAAUACGACAGCGACAGCACGACAACCUCCCGACCAGAUUCCACGUCUCUGCCGCCGCUCAUAUUGCCGUCAGCAUCAGACGCCACCAGCAGCCACGAUCUGCCGCCGCCACUGCAGGCAUCCACGCCCAAGCGUCGGGAAAUGUCGUUGACGACGACGACGACGCCGGCGGCGGUGUCGGUUGUAGCUGGGAAAUCCAGGGCGCCCCCGCCGCCUCCUGUCAAGCCCAGUGGCCUCGUCGGCAGCAAAUCCAACUCAUCGACACCCCUCAGUCCCAUCAUAAACAAGAGUGAUAUUCAGCAGCAGCAGCAGCAGCAGGUGGCGCAAGAGCCAGAAAAGACGAGAGACCCGAAUAAGUCUGGCUUGAAGCGAGAAAAGUCCUUCAGGGAGUUGCUUUCGCAGAGUGCCGGGGACUUGAUCCAUGGGACAAAUAGGCCAGCCCCACCUGCUGAUGGGACCAGCAGCAAGAAGACCAGAAAUGAUGAUGAUGAUGAUGAUGAUGUGGAGAAUCAUGAAGAGGAAGAGCCUACUUAUCAGAAUCUUCAUGUGACAGCAGCAGUAGAUGAGGCUGGUGGUGGUGUUGGGGUGUUGCACCGCCUGAAUAAGAAGCCUGCUGCUGCUGUUGCUGCUGGGGACCAAGUUGGUGGAGGUGGAGGAAUAAGCAGCAGUCCUUCCACAGCUGCUGCCAGUAGCUUCUCAUUGCCUUUGGACAACCUGAAAAUUCCGUCGACGUCGCCAGUGUCAGCGACAUCGGAAGGAGCCCGUCUGAAGUCAUCAUCCACCAACUCCAGUCACCAUCAUCAACAUCAGGUGCACCACCAGCACCACCACACCCACCACUUGCGCCCACCACCUUCAGCAUCCUCCAGCAGCAGCAACUGGACCCUGGCCAAAUCCCCAGUCACAACCAUGACGAAGGUCUUGAAACCCUCGGACCUUCGUCAAGUGCCUCAUCAUCACAGAUUCCCCAGGCAACAGGAACAAGAAGAAGAGGAAGAAGAAGAAGAAGAAGAAGAAGGAGGCGACCAUCAGGGAAUGAAGAAGCUGAAACGGGCCAGGAGGAGUCAGAGCACCAGUGCUGGCCCCAGCAGCAGCAGCAAUGGCACCAGUAGCGGGAGCAGGAAGGCCAAGAGGGCGGCGUCGGCGGCAGCUGGCCCGAAAUCCCUGCCCAGUGCGGGACAGGACCAGUUUUACUACUUUGGCUGCGACCCGUUCCAGGGCUCGGCUGCUGCUGUUGGCACCAACAAAAAGCUGGCCAAGCACCAGCAACAGCUGGGAAAUGCUGCUGCCAGCACAUCAGCAGAUGCCAAACGGAUGAUGAGCAAAAGUGUCGACAAGCUGAUGAUGCCACAAGUCCCGUCAGCGUCGUCGUCAUCGUCGUCAAAGAAGUCAUCCAACACCAACGUCAACAAGGGCAAUAAUAAAACCCGGAACAACCCCGCGACCACCAUCAUGACCGGAACUUCCUCUUCCAAGUCCUCGGCGGGUUCUUCCGGCCCGUUUUCCCUCAUCAACCCCAACAUCACGUUGCCAACCCCUCCGACCCCGUUGCCGGAUUACUCGGAUUCCUCGUGCGACGACGACGAGGACGUCGACGAGAACGGGGCUCGUCGACACCACCACCACCGACGACGUCGACGGCGGGUGAAUGCCAGCAGCAUCAGUGACAGUGUCGACGACGACAGCGACACCAGCAGCAGCAGUUUCCCAUCGGAUAUUGAGAAGCCCAGAGUGAAGCGGUCCCAGCACAAGAAAAGUCAUGCUGCUGCUGCUUCUGCAGCUGUUGUUGGCAAAGAUGCUCAAAAGGUGUCUGUCAGGAAAGUCAGUUGUGCUGAGUCAAUCUGGUCAUCAGCCAGUUUCGACUUUGUGGACAACCAGGCAGACUACGACCUCUACAAGAGCGUGAACCACCGUCAAGAGCUGGAGGAAGCUGCUGCUGAACGAGCCCUGGGGCUGGGGCACAGCAGCUUGAAGCAGAAGCCCGGCGGGUUGCGGAAACCCAGGGCCAAAUUUAAAUUAUAUAAUUUCAUGACCGGAACUUCCUCUUCCAAGUCCUCGGCGGGUUCUUCCGGCCCGUUUUCCCUCAUCAACCCCAACAUCACGUUGCCAACCCCUCCGACCCCGUUGCCGGAUUACUCGGAUUCCUCGUGCGACGACGACGAGGACGUCGACGAGAACGGGGCUCGUCGACACCACCACCGACGACGUCGACGGCGGGUGAAUGCCAGCAGCAUCAGUGACAGUCAGCAGCAAAAACAGCGUCAGGAAGGCAGAGAAUCUUCCUUCUCCGACGAUUCCUUGGAAUCCAGCGAAAGAAGGCGAAGACGUGCUGCUUCCAGAUCAGCCUCUCUGCAGCAUCAAAAUUCGUCCACCAACAACAAAAUUCCCAGUACAGCGAAUGUCAAGAGAACUGACUCGGUGCAAGACACUGCAAAAAUUGGCAGCAGGAACAACAAAAAUGGAGGCGACAGCAGGAAGAAGAACGUCAAUAAGUCGGCUCCUCCUUUGGCAGACUUGAAAAAGUUGGAACAGGAUGAGAACUUGUCCACUUUGCGCAGUGACAAAACCACAACUGGUGCUGAGUCAAUCUGGUCAUCAGCCAGUUUCGACUUUGUGGACAACCAGGCAGACUACGACCUCUACAAGAGCGUGAACCACCGUCAAGAGCUGGAGGAAGCUGCUGCUGAACGAGCCCUGGGGCUGGGGCACAGCAGCUUGAAGCAGAAGCCCGGCGGGUUGCGGAAACCCAGGGCCAAUGACACUGGAACGAUUGUGAAGCAGCGGUUGAUGAACAAGACGAUCGCGGACAAGAUCCCCGCUGGACUGCUGAAUGCGAGCAGGAGGAUCAUGCCGCAAAAAAUUGCACUUCCCGCGCCGAAUCUGCCUCCGCAGCUGCUGAUGACGAGCCACAAGCACGAGGAUCGGAAUUCCUUGUCGUCUAUCGACAGUGGCACCAAGACCAGUUUCAGCGGCUCCAACAAGAGUCCGAGUCACUCGUCUCCGUCUUCCUCGCCGGGAAUCGGCGACUGUGUCAAAGAACAGCUCAACAACAACUCGUCCAACAGCAAAAACAACAACAACAACAUCAUCAAUACCAUCGGUGGGAACAACAGCAAUAAUACGAAACCUCGUCGACGCUCAGCAUCCUCUUCAUCAUCUUCUUCCUCCUCCUCCUCAUCAUCUGGCUCCGACUCCAACUACAACUCUGACGACUGCCGACGCCGCCACAACAACAAUAACAACAGCAACGGCGGCACUAAAACCGUUGACACCCGGCUGAGCGACAGCCUCGAGGGUUCGUCGUCGUCCACCGGCGGCAGCGGAGGCGGGGGCGGCGGAGGAGGACGCCAUCAGAAGCAGUUCGACCUCGUUAAACAGCUGAUGGCUGAGGGCAAGAUCGAGGGCAUCGACGACAGCCCGCCGAGUUUCGCGCCGCCGCCACCGCCGCCUCCGAAACCCGCGCGCACCAGCCUCUUGCUCACUAAUAAUAAUAAUAAUAAUAAUAAACACCAAAGCCAGCAGCAACAACAACAACAACAACAGCAGCAAUUCCCGCAAGAUGGCGUGACUAGGAUGGCGAAUUACUUCGAACAGAACAACAGUAGUAGCCAACAACAUCAACAAAGGAUGAUGAGGGACUCGAGAAGAAACAGCGCUUGUCUCUCUACUGCUGUCGGUGGCAACACUCAUCAUGCUGGCAAUAAUAAUAAUAACAAUAACAAUAACAAAGAAGAACCGGCGCCAUUUGUGUCGCUGGACAACAGCAGCAGCACUAGGGGAUCCACCAGCAAGAGCAACAAUAACAAUGCUCAGCAGCAGAGGAACAGGGAGGACCAAGGCAGUGUGCAAGUGAAUGAGAGGAUCCUCGCGGCGCACAAGCGACACCUGGAGAGCAAGGACCAA